AUGCUUCUUCCCAAGGGGUAUAACUGGAAAGUUGCCCGGGCACAGCUUCCGCCGGCGAGGGCAGUCUGGGUAUAUCUCACUAGGACAAGAAUUCUUCUGCUCGUCGCGGCAGCCGGUGCCCUAUUAUUAUUAUGGCGCGGCGUUUCGAGCUCGGCGUCGGAGAUGCAAAACUUCUACUGCUGGGGCCCGGCGAAGCCCCCGAUGGAAAUGACGCCGAACGAGCAGGCCUCGUGGUACGGCCAUCUGAAGACACCGGUCAUCUUCAACAACCACAGGCCCAUCGAAGUCAAUUCAUCGACGAUACAACACAUCGACCUAAACCCGGUCCUUUCCACCCCCGAACCCGUCAAGAACGGCGAGCGUGUCCUGAUCCUGACCCCAUUGAAGGAUGCCGCGCCGUACCUAGCCAAAUAUUUCGAGCUUCUCUCCGAGCUGACCUACCCUCACCACCUCAUCGACCUUGCUUUCUUGAUCUCUGAUACGACCGAUAACACGGUUUCCGUUCUUGCGGAUGAGCUUGAUCGAAUCCAGAGCCGUUCCGAUCAUUUGCCAUUUAACAGCGCUAUGAUCAUCAACAAGGACUUCAACUUCAAGCUGAGCCAGAACGUUGAGGAGAGGCACUCUUUCGAGGCUCAAGGUCCCCGCAGGAAAGCCAUGGGCCGGGCGAGGAAUUAUCUUCUCGCUUCUGCUCUUAAGCCCGAGCACUCUUGGGUUUACUGGCGAGACGUCGAUAUUGUGGAGAGCCCCAAGAGGAUUUUGGAGGACUUCAUGGAGCAUGAUAGAGAUAUCAUUGUUCCUAAUAUCUGGUUCCAUCGAUUGGACAAGGAUGGCAAGGAUGUUGAAGGCCGAUUUGACUACAACUCGUGGGUUGAGUCUGACAAGGCCCGCAAGCUCCGCAAAACUCUCGAUCCCGAUGUCGUUCUUGCCGAGGGAUAUAAGCAAUACCAGACGGGAAGAGAGUACAUGGCCAAGAUGGGUGACUGGAGGGAUGACCCGAAGAUGGAAAUUGAGCUCGACGGCGUUGGUGGUGUCAGCAUCCUCGUAAAGGCCGAUGUUCAUCGAUCUGGUAUCAACUUCCCUUGCUACGCAUUCGAGAACCAAGCCGAGACGGAAGGUUUCGCAAAGAUGGCCAAGAGGGCGGGCUAUGAGGUCAUCGGUCUGCCUAACUAUGUCGUCUGGCACAUCGACACCGCCGAGAAGGGCGGCAAGGCGUAA